CACAAUCAGUCUGCUCGACAUGACACAAUUUGGCACGCUAUAGGACCGGCCCGACCUGUUAGUGCGACACAGACACGUGUGUCUAUAAAAUAAGCACGACGGAGAUGCUCAUGAUGAGACUGGACCACACACUGCUCAGUCAGCCAUGUCACAACAACUGAGCCAACCCAAGCCCUUCACCAUGACCACCAUGACAUCCAUGUCAAACCAGUGGAGCUCAGGCAUCUGCGACUGCUUCCAGGACGUGAAUAUGUGCUGUUUCGCCUUCUGGUGCAUUCCAUGCUUCACAUGUAAAACGUCAGUCGAUGCCGGAGAGUGUCUCUGUCUACCGCUGCUGGACGCCUUUGGGAUCAUCCCGCCCAUGACCACCGCCCUCAGGGUGUCUGUACGCCAGCGUUACAACAUCGAGGGUACAGUCUGCAACGACUGCGUGUACGCUUGCUGCUGCGGGCCGUGCACAUGGUGCCAAAUAGCCAGAGAGAUGCAAGUCAGAACUGACGAUAUCUGAGAUCUCCACUCUUGGAAUGUCACAGAGCAGCUGAUUAAACUUUGGGACAAACGGAACAUCACAUAAUAGCACGAGAGACUUGACCUCUGUGACAUCGCAAGAAAAAAUCAAAUAAAAUAAUUUUGUUUUUAUAAAGUUAUUAUACACUACAUCAUAGGUGUCCCGGUGUGACAAGUCUUUUCUUGGCCUGCAGCACAUUCUAAAAAUACAAUUAAUUAAAAAAACAAU